AAACAUGGCAUCGUUGUAACUGUAGGUCAGAAGACGAGACCGGUUGACAGAAAGUUUGGUAUUCUACAUACUACUGUGAUGUGUCGUUCGUUGUGUAGUGUCAUCGUGCGUUGUAUCAACUUGACGGAAAAUUUACUGACAAGUCGCGUGUCAGCGACAGUUACAGUUAUUUACGAUAACGACAACGUGAAUCGAAAAUAAUUAGCUGGCAGUGUGUGGUGCUGUGGGGCAGGAGACGAUGAGGGUCGGGGGGAUAAUUCGGGUGGCGACUUGAGGGCAGAAAUGUUGAAAUUUGGUAGUAAAAGUGACGUUACGGUGGUGCAUCGCGCCACUAUUCGACUUCUAGACGACGCCGAAAUUAUCCACUGUGACUUUCAGCCUCAGCACAAAGGAAGGUACAUUCUCGAAUAUGUAUGCAAGCAACUCAAUAUUUUGGAAACGGAUUAUUUUGGGCUUCGAUAUGUGGAUCAUUGUAGGCAAAGGCAUUGGUUAGAUCUGGCAAAAACAGCGAUUAAGCAAGUAAAAGACAUGGACCCGAUUUUGUUUAGUUUUCGCGUGAAAUUUUAUCCACCGGAUCCUCUGAGGCUGAAGGAAGAAAUAACUAGAUAUCAAGUUUACCAGCAGCUUAAGAGGGACCUUCUUCAUGGACGACUAUAUUGCAGUCCAGGUGAAGCAGCGCUGCUGGCGGCGUGCAUCGUGCAAAGCGAAUUAGGGGAUUAUGAUCCUAAACUUCACGAAGGAAACUACAUUUCUGAGCAUAAAUUAUUGCUUAAACAGACGGAAGCUAUUGAAGAAAAGGCUAUGAAACUUCAUCAAACAGAAUUGAAGGGAUUCACUCCACAGCAAGCAGAAACUCAUUUUCUUAGGUUAGCAUCACAGUUGGAUACAUAUGCUGUUGAUCCACACCCCGUAAAGGACCAAAAAGGUGCGCAAUUGUAUCUUGGUAUUAAUCAUUGUGGAAUUCUGACAUUCCAAGGAUCUCGUAAAACACAUCAUUUCCGCUGGCCGGAGGUUCAGAAAAUCAAUUACGAAGGAAAAAUGUUUAUUGUACAUUUAACGAUAAGUGAGGACGUAAGAACGAAGGUGAGUCGUUUCAUAACAGUUCCACGGAUUGUUCGUGUUUUUUCAACGUUAGGUGGAAAUUACAUGUCUAGCGAUCGGUUAUUAGUGUUAUUAAUAAAUUUUAAAUUUAUAGGAUAUUCCAGUUUGCCACGUAGCUGUCAUAGCGCAGGUUUAGACGGUGCGGGAAUGUCAGAAGGUAGUACUGGCGUUCCAUUCAGUUCGCCUUACUGUCCAGAUAAUACUUUGCCACUGCUAGAACCUGUUUCGGAGGACCAAGAAAUUCAUAGCAGAAGAAACAAUGCAGUAGACGAAAAUGAUACGCAUGUGAGAGCCACCCACAACACCACCACUACCACCACUACCACCACCACCAUCACUUUCAACACCACCACAAAUCGUACGAAAGUUAGAAUGAAAUGUCCCAAGAACACGCUGAACCGACCUCAACCGUUGUACAGUCAAAAAAUAGUGAUAGGCUCGGAGGAAUUAGUCGGGCGUGACAUCGAUAACGUCGUCAGGCAGCGUAUAAAUACCUUCGAAAAAAGCCCGAAGGUUGUCAGAUCGACCGCCUUGAUAAUAAAGAGUUCUAAAAUAUCGGCGGAGUUAUUGAAAGCUGGUAAAGAGAUCGCGAACGAGACUUACGUAUUCCCGACACCCGAUUCGGGAACGAUCAUCACAACAGUGAUAGACGACGGUCCGUUCGAUUCUAACACCGUCGGUAAGACGAUCUUGCGCAGGUCCAACGAGCAGGUAAGCAUGCUCGUUCGUCAGGAGAAUGAGGUUGAAUGUCGCGGCAUCGGAACCAUGACGAAAACGGCAAACGGUUACAUUGCAUCGGAAACAACUGACGUCGAAGACGUUAGAAACGAAGUCGAAGCCACGAAACGACGGGAAAGGACAGUCGGUCAGCAUGAAGGUGUAAUUAACGACUAUUACUUUAGAGAUUCUUUUGAUCAUUCGUCAUCGGAAAGUCAGCUAUUGGAUGCAUCUGGAAAACCGCACAGUCGUUCGGUGACGCCUGUACCGAAAAUGCAAAAACUUCAAAACGCAAAAGAAUUUCAUCAACAACAACAACAACAAUUGCAGCAAACUGGUCGACGUUCAAAAUCAAGGCAUAAGAGUCUUCGAAUCACGAGGCUUUUCAUUCCAGCUUUCAUGCUCACGAUCACAGUUUUGUUUAUCGUGAUCGUUUUGAUAUUUGAGACAGACACAACGCUUUUCAAUAAUUUGCGUAAGACGCCAGAAAUGGUGGCCUUAAAGAACCAAUAUUAUGUCCCCAUCAAGGAGUUCUUGAGGACAAAGCUCGGCCUAUUUUGAUGUGACGCGAUGAUGACCAGGCUGAGAUCGCCCUUUGUCGCUAAGUAACUUCCUUCAGUGCCAAGUCAAAAAAUUGAUCGAGGAGUAUUGUAUUUCUUUCUCAUGCGUUUCUCUUUCUUUUUAGGUAUGUGAAUUUACAUACGAGGAAACGAAUUGUUUUUGUUAAGUUUUCGUCUAUUGUUUUUAUUCUGAAUAUAGUAUAUCAAAUUGAUACAGUAUAUUUGAUUUACACGUAUUAUUUCAAAUUGGCAUUUGAAGUUUUUGAAGUACUUAUUUGGAAAAUCAGUACUGUUUGUUAUCUUGUGUAUAUAAUGAUUUACUUUGGUUUAUAUACAUGAUUUACGUUUUUAUAACCUCAAAUAUAUUAAUAUAUCUAAUAUAAUAAACUAUUCUUACUACUUUAUCUGCAGUAAUUUAAUCUAAAAUUUCAAAUAUUGCGAAAAUGGCCAAUAUUGCUGAAAUUUUUGAGCAUCUUGAGAUUUAAGAAAAUAUACUAUAGGAAAAAAAGAUGCGAUCGGAUUUUUCGAAAAUUUCUGCCGCAAAAGGAAUCACUUGUUCUUAUUUCGGCCUCUAUAACGACUGCCAAACUCACUCUAAUCAGAUCAUAUUUGUUCCAUUGUUUUUUUUUUUUAGUACACACACAUAUAUAUAUUUUUUAUAUAACAUAUUUAUGUUAGAAAUACUUUAUUCGGAAUUAUAGAAAUUAUGUAUAUAUAUAUAUAAUCAAAGUAAAUUAUUAAAUAUGUAAAAUAAAACAUUUUCUAAAUAAGUAUUAUUAUAUGGGAUUAAGGAUAUGUCUUAAUACAAAAAUGUUCCAAUAUUUCGCUAACAUUGCAGCUAAGUUUACCAAGGAUCACACAAGAUAAGAGAAAUCGUAAACUUCAAAUACCAAAUUGAAUAUUUUGAACCAUGACUCAAAACUCGAUAUAAAUAUGUCUCUAAAAAACUGUUAUCUGCGAUAAAAAAGUACCUCUAAUUUAUUAUUUGUUUACUUUUUGCACUACACAUAUGUAUAUUUAAAUAUUGAUAACUUAAUAUAUUUACUCUGUCGAAGACGAAGUGUUUUGUACAAAAUAUUUACAUUGCGAGUUCUCGUGUUUUACUAUGUAAUAAGUUAUAUAUAAUUCGACGAAUUGUUAGAGAACUUUGUUAUAGUAAUAUUAUCGAAUUUAUUUAAUAAAUUUAGAUGAAAGUCA